AUGGCCUAUGAGACACUUAAAUACCUUUACACAGACAACACAACUGUUGAUGCUGACAACGUAACAGCUCUAUUGUACGCCUCCAGAAAAUAUGCCAUCACCACCUUAGAAUCCCAAUGUCUGGAGUUCCUGGAGAAACACCUCAACGUUGACAACGCCUGUGUGAUUCUAGAUGCUGCUCAUCGUUUUGAUCAAAGCCAGUUGUUUCAGAAGGCCUUGACCUUGAUUAAAGAUACAGGUGAGAGGUCACUACAGUCAUCUGGUUUCCUGACACUGAGCCAAGUGUUGUUGCAUCAGAUUGUGGAGUCAGAUGAUUUGUUAGCCGAGGAGCACGUCAUCUUUAGCGCCGUUAACUGCUGGGCAGAGGCAGAGUGCAGACGUCAGGGAAGGGAGGUAACUCCUGAGAUCAAGCGAACAGUUCUUGGUGAGACUUUACUGAAAGUAAGAUUUCCUCUUUUGAAGCAAAAGUUCCUGGCUAGGGACGUAAAAGCUAGCGGUCUCUUGACUGAACAGGAGCGUCUCACGAUCUUUGAAUAUAUUGGAUGCCCUGACAAUGAUGUGAAACCCUUCAACACUAGUCAAAGAAAACAAAGAAUUGCGCAUUCUAUAACAAGGUUUUCAACACAAUUCCUAUUAGACUGGUCAGUUGGUGGUGAAACGUGCGAUUCUGUGUCAGUCAAAAGCAGCCGCAACCUGAUGCUCUGUGGAUACAGUCUGUAUGGACCUUCCCGUGAGACUAAACCCGUUACCUACUCUGUCACCACCUACUUUGGUAGCGAGCAAGAUGUUCUCCAGUGCAGGAUUCAAGAUAUAACUGAGUACAGAGUCAACAGUCAAGUGUUUGAUGUGGUGUUUGAGAAGCCUGUUGCUAUGACAGCGGGAGUAUGGUAUACUCUGGCAGUGCGGAUACAAGGCAGUGGGACGUGGCGAGGACAAAAUGGAAAGAGAGAGAUUUUAUGUGCUGACGGUGUUAGUUUUACCUUCAGGAAGGCACAACACAGCACGAAUAGCACUAACAUCGACCAAGGGCAGAUUCCAUCUCUCCUCUACCAAGUUUCAUGA